AUGGAAGUCAUGACUGCGGAGGAUAAACCGCGCAUUUUUUAUUCGGGCCCCUCGCCUCCAACGCAUCGCAUCCCACCACCCGACGCGCCGCAUGGCUUGCCAGGGGCCCCUGGUGUGCUUGAACCGUGGCGCCCGUAUCCCUUAUACGACAAUCACCAUGCCGAAGCACGACGAGCGUCAAACAAUGCUCCGCAGCCUCCAUUGCCAUCACAUCACAAUUAUCCUCCCAUGCAGCACCGGGAGUUACCGCAGCUUCCUCCCGAUUUUAGUCGACCCUCCAGUUUACCCGUGCCAGCCCACGCGCCAACAGAGCCGCCCCCACUGCCGCAUGCAAACUUCCCCCCCAUGAAUGGAGUGCAGCAAGUACCGCAAGAGUCCUCACCUGCGUCUGCGCCCGACUACUCUAGAUCCCGAAUGUCAUAUCCUCCCCAGGACCAAAUCAUUCACACCAAUGGCGAUCCACCUCAACCUCCGCAAUCGCUCCCUCCAAACCAAUACCCAACCACCAUCCCACCUCCCGUGUCCCACACGCCCGCUCCCCCUUACGACAUGACGUGGAGUCAAAGCAGACUUGGACAGCGCAAGGCAACCCGGGCGCAGCAGGCCUGCGAUCAGUGCCGAACACGCAAGGCAAAAUGUGAUGAGGGACGCCCGGCAUGUAGUCACUGUAAAGAGAAUAACUUGGCUUGUGUCUACAAAGAAGUGCCUCCACACAAGCAGGACAAGUCGACGCAAAUUAUUGUAGAUCGGGUGCAACAAUCAGAUGACUUUAGCGGAGAAAAGUUCGCCAGUCUGGAGGUUCUUGGUCUCGGACAUGAUAGAAGACUCGACGAAAUCCUCGACCUUUUGAAACAGAUGAAACAAAACAUAGGUCAAUGUGGGCCUCAGCACCCAGCCAUUAAGCCAGACUAUUUUGAUGCUCCUCAGAAGGCCGAGGCAGAUACAAUCGCCGAAGAUGCGAAUGGAAACUCCAAAUAUACCGCAUUUACCGACAAAAUCCUCGAACCUGGAGAGGAUACCCAAGAGCUGUCGAUCCCCUUGCAUCAUGACACCGCCGCGCACAAAUUGCUUAAAUGGCCAAAAAUCAAGAAGCUGCUUCAUAACUAUGACGAGGAUUACGUUAUGCGGAUCGAACAAUCCCGUGGAUUGAUUCGGUUUCAAGGCCGUGGGGAAGUGCAGGAAUCAGACGACGAGGUGUUUUCCAAGCAACCCAGCUUGAUCACAAGCUUCAAUUCUCCACAUACAUCGCCUUCAACCACUACCUGGGGCUCGAAUAUCAUUAAAUACAAUGACGCCGCUCCGGAGGUAAAAGGCAUUAAUGAUUCCGGUGUUCUAAAGAUCAGUGCUGGCACUGUCCGCCGUUACGUUCAGAGUUACCUGGACCACAUACACAGACUCCACCCUUUCCUCGACCCAGAUGAUCUGGGAAGGAAAGUGGAUGAGUUUAUCUCAAAGCAUUGUUCGCGGACCUCUCAGUCAGGACUCUCGGUAAGCCCAGUCGAUGCAUCCAACAGGGCUACCAAACGCAGACGAACCGAUGAGACGCCAGAUCUACCGCCGAGUGUGGAGAGAUCUAAUCGCAACGCCAUCAUCCUCCUUGUUCUUGCUCUCGGCCGUAUCUGUGAAGUACGCGAGGAACCGAUCCGUGGCCCAUGCACUGAUCAAAUCAUCGAUUACCGUAAUGAACCAAGCCUUGGGUUACCACGGACUCUGACGGCGUCGCCAGCUGGACCAGGUUCAUUGCCUUCCAACCAAGGCAGCUUCCACUCACCAUUUCCUCCAAUUUCAACUCCCGCCCCAACGGAUGAAAAUUUCAUCACUUUUCCAGACCAUCCUCAAUUGCGAAAUGUGGAUACCAUCCCCGGCUUUGUAUACUACGUCUAUGCCGCAAGAAUCCUUGGUGAUAGUCAGGGCGCGACUUCAAUUGCUUAUGUUCAGGCGGCUUUGUUGGCGGGAUUGUAUCUCGGCCAGCUUGCCCACCCGUUUGGGAGCCAUUCUUGGAUCUCUCAAGCAUCCCGGGCAUGUCAGAUUCUUACAUUGGAGAGAAAUUAUAAGAAGUUGGAAGGUAUCAAAAAGGACUACGUUUGCUUUGCGUUCUGGACCUGUCUGCAGCUUGAAAGUGAUAUCCUGGCCGAACUCGAUGUUCCUGCUAGUGGAAUCUCCCGCGCUGAGUCGCGUAUCGGACUCCCACAGGGCUCAGUGCUCAAGUUAUCCAACAAUAUCUCGGACCCUGACACAAUGAUGAUGUUCUUUUAUUCUACGCAGAUACAUCUCCGAAAAAUCCUGAACCGCGUGCAUACCGACUUGUACAAAGUUGACAAGAAAGAUAAAGAGAAGCAACAACGACCCGACUGGCCUCAAAGCACACAGGAGAUUCUGAGCAUGAACCUCGAGCUAUGGAGGGCUAGUCUCCCCAGGGAAAUGAAAUGGCAUGACAACGACCCACCCUCCUCUGAUAUCAACCACGCGCGUAUGAGAGCCAAGUACUACGGCGCGCGGUACAUUAUCAAUCGGCCUGUUCUUUAUUACGCACUCUUCAAAUACAAUCAGCCGAACGUCGAUUCGCCGCCUGGAAUGCCUGGAAUGGCAGAGCCCGAAACGGUCAUGAAGGCUGGUUCCCCUUCCGUAACGCAAGACACACGCGCUGUAGACAUGACACGCAUGUCGAGUGACUGGAGUGCCUCGCAGGACCAGAAUGGGCUGCCGACGCUCCGUGAUCUGCCGUCGAAAAUGCGCAAGGCGUCACGGUGGCAUUUGACGAGGUAA